AUGAAAAAGCGCAUUACUGUCGCGAGCGCCGUCGUCGCGGCGGCCGCGGCUGUGAUGAGCGCUCUGCUCGCGCGCCGCGCCCAAUUCUUCGCUAAGCCGAAGCGCUCGAACGAGACGUUCACGACGAGCGCGGGGCCGGUCGAGCUGCCCGUCCGCUAUAGCGACGGAAGCCUCAUGGGCGCGUUCUGGCUCGUCGAGGAGACCAAAGCCGCCGCGCUGCUUCCGGACAACCUCGAGCCGUUGCUACUGCCCGGCAGAAACGCGGCGGCUGGGUUGUUCAUGAUGGACUAUCGCAACUCGACCCUGGGCCCCUAUGGCGAGGUCGGGAUCGGCAUCCAAGCCGUCCGCAAAGGCACGGGCGCGACGCUCAUUGGGUAUCUGUGGGACAUGGUGGCGAACGUCUUCCACGUCGACGAGAUGCUGUCGUUGUUUGAGCAGGACGACUCGGGCCUGUACGUCGUCACACUGCCGGUGACCACCCAGUUCUCUGUCGCUGGCGGUCGCGAGGUAUGGGGGUUCCCGAAAUACCUGGCAGAGAUGCAGUCAGACUUCUCCGAUCCGAAGAAAGCUAGCUUUGCGCUCGGCGACGAGUUCUCCGCGACGCUCGAGCAGGGUUUUACGAUCCCCACGCCCGGGCUCCCGUUCCUUACCUAUACGGAACAGCCCAACGCGGACAUCACGCGCACAAAAAUACGCGUCGGCCACACCUUCCGCUGGGGCGGCGCGCUAGAGCUCACCGUUCACGGCGACGGGCCGACCGCCGCCGCGAUCAAGAAGCUCGGCUUGGCAGACAGCCCCGCGCUCGCCGUUUUUCGCACGGACGGCGUGAAGGCCGACCUCCCCGCGGGCAAGCGGCUCCCGUUCCUCUACUCGACGAAAGACAUUCCCACGCCGCCGCCGAGUUACGUCAGCGACAAGCACGUAUUUGAGGGCUUUACGGCGCCGACGCCGCCGGUCGAAGAAACGCCGCGCGCGAGCUACGAGUUGGACCCGGCGCUGAUCCAGCUCGUCGGCGUCCUCUGCCUCAUCGGAGGUUGUCUGGGGUUGGUCGUCUACGCGAUCUUGAGUAUUGAUGAGUAA